AUGAAGCCCAAAUUCACCCGAGCUCCGAUCACCGAUGCUGGAAGAGUUGCAUAUCUGGGGGAGUCAUCCAAUUUGACCUUGCUUGUACACGAUCGCCAAGGCUCUUCCGAUGUUGUUCACUACCCGCUACCCGAAAACGUCCGGGGUUCGAGAGCUCGGCUCACGGAGCUUGACAACGUCGAGAUAGAUAUUCUGCAUCAGCGUGGCGCUUUUUUGCUCCCACCAAGGUCCCUCUGCGAUGAGCUGAUUGAUUCCUACUUCAAGUGGGUUCAUCCGAUCGUGCCCGUUAUCAACCGAACUCGCUUCAUGAGGCAGUAUCGCGAUCCUAAGAACCCUCCCUCCCUCCUACUAUUGCAGGCUGUGCUGCUGGCCGGCUCCCGCGUCUGCACAAAUCCACAACUGAUGGAUGCCAACGGCUCAACAACCCCCGCUGCACUGACCUUCUACAAAAGGGCUAAGGCCUUAUAUGAUGCCAACUAUGAGGACGACCGGGUGACAAUUGUCCAGUCACUAUUGCUGAUGGGUUGGUACUGGGAGGGACCCGAAGAUGUCACCAAGAAUGUCUUCUAUUGGAGUCGGGUCGCUACAAUUGUCGCUCAAGGUUCCGGAAUGCACCGGAGUGUAGAGCAGUCGCAACUCAGUCGCUCUGACAAGCGGUUAUGGAAGAGAGUCUGGUGGACCCUUUUCACGCGUGACAGAUCGGUUGCUGUGGCCCUUGGACGGCCGGUGCAUAUCAACCUGGACGACUCGGACGUUGAGAUGCUCACAGAAGACGACUUCAUCGAGGACGAUGGCGACCGAAACAGCGAGUACCCUCCAGACCCGAUACACGUGCAGUUCUUUAUGCAGUACGUCAAACUAUGCGAAAUAAUGGGUUUGGUAUUGUCCCAGCAGUACUCUGUCGCCUCCAAGGGCCGCCAACGCAACGCUAUCGACCUGACGCACAGCGACAUGGCGUUGGCUGACUGGCUUCAAAAUUGCCCGAAACUGGUCUACUGGGAAGUUGCACGGCAUCAUUUCUGGUCUGCCCUACUUCACUCAAACUAUUACACGACGUUAUGCCUGUUACACAGGGCUCAUAUGCCACCGAACGGGGGAAGUCGCUUUCCUGACGAUUCUCCAUACCCUUCGCGAAACAUCGCCUUCCAGGCGGCAGCUAUGAUCACCUCCAUUAUCGAAAAUCUGGCUGCUCAUGGCGAACUUCGUUUCUGCCCAGCUUUUGUCGUUUACAGUCUGUUCUCUGCGCUCAUCAUGCAUGUCUAUCAAAUGCGUUCUCCAGUCCCGUCCAUCCAACAAGUGACUCAAGAUCGACUACGAACAUGCAUGCAGGCUCUCAAGGAAGUUUCACGAGUGUGGUUGGUGGGUAAGAUGGUCUAUACACUUUUUGAAUCCAUCAUUGGGAACAAGGUCCUGGAGGAACGUUUGCAGAAGGCUGCUGGCAAGAGACACAGAAAGGCACAGCAAACCUUGGCUCAGCUCGAGCAACAGCAGCGACCACAGGAUGUAGCGAAGAGGAAGUACGACGACAUGGCGAUUGAUUUCAGCGUCAAUACCCCGACUCCUCAAGAGUCUUACGAGCGAUCCCGUCCUCAGACGCCCAGUCACAUGAAGGGCGACGGGACUUCAGCUACUCAGACUAUGCCGCCUCCCACCUCUCCAAAUCCCAGGCAGAAUGCCGACACCUUCAUGGGUGGUACAUCGUCAAGGCCGCAGACCAGGCCCGCAACCCCUUUUAAUCCUUCCUUUUCCGUUCCUGCCACACCGCCAGACCUGUAUCUCGUCACGCGUAACUCACCCAACAUCUCUCAAUCGCUAUGGGAGAAUUUCCAGCCCGAUCAGUUAUUCCCUGACAGCGCCAGUAUGCCAGCCUUUCCUCAAAUGUCGCCCCCCCCUCCGAAUCAACAAGGCAUGGAUGCUGGCCUCAUGGCACAGCUUCAGAAUUCUAACAUGCAGAGUGGCCUUUCUAGCCAGAACAGCCAGUUCCAACAAAGAGGGUCUAGCAAGAUGGGACUGAGCGGAAGCCCUACUCAGGGGCACAACGUGAUACAGCCGGGAUUGCAGGGCUUUCAGCAACAGCAGCAGCAGCAGCAGCAGCAGCAGCCACAAGGCCAAGGGCAAGCUUCUAACAGCACUUUGAAUAGCAACUUAUGGACGGCCAACUUCGACGGUUUAAUGCCGGAUGGUCAUAGCCCGAGUGAUAGCUGGAGCACAGGAUCUGCCCAAGGGCAACCUGUCCCUAACACCUUGAAUGUUGAAGAUUGGUUCCAAUUCUUUGGCAUCAACAACGGUGAUCUUGCUAGCAUGAAUCUUGAUUUAGGAUUAGGACCUCAAUGA